GCGGCAACUGAAGCAUUCCGACUUGGUUCACCAUGGCGUACCAUGGAUGCAUCGCAACGUGGUAUUCUCAUGAAUAAGCUUGCUGAUCUCAUGGAACGGGAUCAUGUCAUUCUCGCAUCGCUAGAAGCGCUCGAUAAUGGAAAACCGUACGGUGUUGCAUAUGCAGCUGAUGUAUCAUUAGCAAUUGCCUGCAUAAGAUAUUACGCUGGAUUUGCCGAUAAGAAUCACGGAAAGACGAUUCCGAUUGGUGGCAACUAUUUCACCUACACGCGACACGAGCCUGUUGGAAUCUGCGGACAAAUUAUCCCAUGGAACUUCCCUCUUCUGAUGCAAGCGUGGAAACUUGGGCCUGCCCUUUCAAUGGGAAACGUUGUAGUUAUGAAACCCGCAGAACAAACUCCCCUGUCAGCUUUACAUGUGGCCAGUCUUAUUAAGGAGGCUGGGUUCCCUCCAGGAGUUGUGAACCUCAUUCCCGGAUAUGGACCCACCGCGGGUGCAGCUAUCUCCGGGCAUAUGGGAAUUGACAAAGUCGCAUUCACUGGUUCUACGGAAAUUGGGAAACUCGUAAUGACUGCAGCUGCUCAGAGCAAUGUGAAGAAGGUGACGCUCGAAUUGGGUGGCAAGAGUCCUAACAUCAUUUUUGCCGAUGCUGAU